AUGCCAGACCGCACUGCUGGAUACCAAGGCUCUAUCACCAUGGACACCUCCAGCUUCGCGAAGCUAUCGGGCGAACUGCGUAACCGCAUCUACGAGUAUGCCUUGCAAGAAGGCAGCGAAAAGCAAGAAUCAAUCGAUCUUGAGCAAGGCUGGUUCGACUGCCCCUUCCAUCGAUGUAGAGUCAUGAACGAAGCACGAACGGGUUUCGCCCACCCACUAGAGCCACUGCGGGUUACCGGUCUCCCCUUUACAUCGAAAGCCAUACGAAAGGAAUCAUUACGAUUAUAUUACCACCUCAACAGCUUCUACUGUGAGACAGACUACCUCAAUAGCAAGCACAAAGAUCGCAUUAUGGAGCGUCUGAUGGAGUGGGUGCAGCGCAUCGGGCUGGAGCAAGCGAGAGAGAUCCGGGAUGUCACGGUCAGCCUUUCAUCGUUGAAGGGUGGUUCGACAAUACCCCUGGUGAUCGACUGGAAUCACAUGAAAAUGAUCCGAACUCUCUUCUCGCCGCAAGGGAGGGUCAAGAUACGAUUCUACCUUGAUGGUAACGGUUCGGCAACCUUCGUUCUUGGCUCGAAGGAGGACAUGCUCGAGCAGUUGGACAGAAUGGCCCAAGGCUGGGCAUUGCUCUGGCGUAGAUCGCGAAAGUACGAUGAGUGGGAAGCCCGGGCAGUCGCUGAACGGUACAAGCAGGAGGUCGCUGAGCUGUUUAAAGAUAUGCCAGAGGUGAUCUAG